CACUCUCUGGGUGUAGUCUUAGAGAAACUACUUUAUUUUUGUGAACAACAGUUUCAACCUUCUUAGCCUGUUUGCUUUCAUGCUUCCUCACCAAACCCCAUCCCUGAAAAGUAAUUAGUAGCCAAACUAGGCGCAGAAAUCGAAAAAUAAUUCAUGGUUUUUAACGUUUGUUUGAUGCAAGAACGAUCAAACUUCAAUCCAGUUAGGUCGGGCUGCUGCUCUUAUUUUUAGUUUCUCAGCUAGAACUAUGUGUAGCUUCUUUUGGCAGAUCAUGGAAAAUGAUCAUGGAGAUUUAGCAGACAUAGUGCGUGGUGGUGGUGGAAGUAAUGGUUAUGGUGCUAGUACUGAAAAUACUAUUGCUGAUUGGAAAUUUCCUCCAGAAUCUGCAAAUUUUCCGUCGGAGAUCGAAGAACCAGCUGACAGCUUCGGUGAUCCCUUCUCUACGCGAGAUCCUAUGCUACCUGAGCUUGACUUAGCAGGUACAGGCUUAUUUGACACCCCGAAUUCUACCAGCAGCCUGAUGAAGAUGAGUUUUGAGGACAAUAAUUGUCUUAGCAGUGGUAGUCUUCUUGCUCAGAAGAUUUUUGACGAGGAGAUGAGGCCUUGCAAUAUCUUUUCAAGAAUGCUUCAGAUUUCACCAAAUGUGAAGAUUCCGGUUUCGCCAUGUGAUAUAUCGGCGGUUGUGUCUUCUCCUAGAGAAAUUAAGACACCUCCCAUGGUUUCUAAUGAUAUGGUCAGGACUAACAGCUCAGGUGGCUGCACAAUCGACAAUUGCGGAGUGCAGAUCUCUUCCCCGAGGAAUCCGGGCAUUAAGAGAAGAAAGAGCCAAGUGAAGAAGGUGGUUUGCAUUCCAGCACCAGCAGCCGCAAAUAGCAGGCCAAGUGGAGAAGUAGUGCCAUCUGAUCUCUGGGCAUGGAGAAAGUAUGGUCAGAAGCCUAUCAAAGGUUCUCCUUACCCGAGGGGCUAUUAUAGAUGCAGUAGCUCUAAAGGCUGUUCAGCGAGGAAACAAGUAGAGAGAAGUCGAACUGAUCCUAACAUGUUGGUUAUCACCUACACCUCUGAACAUAACCAUCCCUGGCCAACACAGAGAAAUGCACUGGCCGGCUGCUCAAGGUCUCAGCCUGCAAAACACAAUGCAGCUCCCAAGAAUUCACAGUCUUCUCAGACAGAAAAGUCGACAAACAUGAAAGAAGAAUACAAGGAGAGCAAUAACAAUAUUGUGCCGCACGUUAAUGUUGCUGCCGAGGAUUUGACAACUAGUGCACCUGUUAAAGAAGAAAUGGGAGAGAUAGAGAAGCAAAUGGAUAUGAAUGAUGGUGAUGAAUUAAGUCCAGAGUUCCCCCAAAGUUACCGGCCAGGACCACCAGAUUCAAACCAGUCUGAAGACUUCUUUGCAGAUUUGGGAGAAUUGGAACCUGACCCUCUAAAUCUAUUACUCUCCCAAGGAUUCAACGAAGGAAAAUCAGAUGAUAGAGAAACCAAGACCUUGGAUCCAUUCAGCCUGUUUGACUGGACAGACAACUCGUUUGGAGAAACUAAGAGGGACUUGUAACAAGGCUUCGGAAAUAAGAGUAACAAAAACAACUCUAGUUAGUUUUCUUAUGGUGCAAUCUCAUUCAAAGUGUCUUCCUAUAAACAUUUCCUAUUUGAAGUUGAUAUCAGAGGAGUUUACUUUUUGUUCAGUUCUUGUUAUUACCAGAAUGUUUACAGAUUAGGAAAAGAGCAGAGAGUGUUGGUUGAUUGGGAGCAGACCCAUGAGACCCACAUUCUUUGGAAUAUUGAUGGAUGGGACAGAAAGCUGAGGAACAGAAGCUUUCAACAGUUGGAAACAAGUACAUCUUACAGUCUUGACUGAAACGCCCUGCAAGGAAGUUGAUAUUAGAUGGGACCUUUUCCCCUUUCGUUAUCUUUCGAAGUGAGGAAAAUUAUUCAAGCCUCUUCCGUUCCUGUAGGUAUUCAUAGAAAAACCACGCUUUAGCUGCUUUGGUUGCUUUGGCGAGAAGAAAUAAGCGAAAGAUGACAAGAUAGUGAAAGGGAAGAAGAGAGAGAGAGACGGAAGAAAGAGAAAGGAAAAGCUUGACUUUUCUUAUCAGUCCCCGUUGCAGACAUCAAGAAACGGAGAGAGAGAGAAAAAAAAAAAGAAGGGAGCACAUUAGCUUUUAGGUUCCUGGUCAGCUUUCUGUUUCCCUGGACACUUUUCACUCCAGAUUAUAUACUUUGGAGAUUUAUUACUUGGAAGUGUAUCAGCUGCUAAUAUUGUUUAUGAAACACAAAUUUUAACUAUC